AUGCAGUGAAGAAGUGAAAAGCAUGCUCUCUUGGACAUCAUAAUAGAGCGAAGAACAAGGGAUUGAAGAGCAGAGCUACCAGAGCUUGAUUACCUAGCAUCGUUGUCAUUGCUCCUCGAUCGAGAAUUUGCACAUAAAUACCUACAGCGUCAUAUUGAGAACCCGCCAAACGUUAGAAUGGAACCUUGGAUAAGAACUUUGAGCGAUGUGCAGGUGCAAAACUUUGGCUUCCUAAUUUAUCGGCUCAGCUAUAGCGAAACUGACGAAGAGUGGGCAUCGAAGAAUGAAAGGAUCAUUCAAGAGGUUGAAAAGGUUUUGGAAGAGAUUGUCGGCGGCGAAUGCGUGAAAGAAAGGCAGUGCUACGAUGGAUCGACGGAAGAAAAGUGGAAGUCGAGGAGGGUGACCUGGAAGGGGCCAGAAAGCAUUUUAAUUCGGCCACAAUACCCGAAUCUCCGAACCACAUCCCAAGAGGCCUCACAACUAGAACUGCUAUAGCAGUAACUCCAGCUUCGCUAAAAAGCUUCGACUAUGGUUCAAAAAUGACGACCCAUUCAAAUACUAAAGAGCUUUCUUGAGACUUCUGUCCUUUCAUUCAUGCCAUUGAUCCACAGUAUGAACCGGAGAAGGGGCCAUCGCAGCCCUCAUCAGCAGCUGAAGGAAGACGUACUGAGCCUAGACACGUGUACACCCAAGGCUACAAAGAAUCUAUUCUCUUACCUCUUCAUAUUAUUUACACGGAUCCCUACGCUCUGCGCUCUGGUUCCAGCCAGGUACCGAUGGUUAAUAUGGAGGAAAUGUGGGCGAUUGCUACGAAGCAUCCUUGGGGUCUUUAUACCGCACCCACAACGGGCGAAACAAGGAGAGAGUGGCGACAGAUGAAGGAGUUAGCUGGAUUCACAAUCAAGUAUGCUAAAGAUUCAAUUAGUGGAAAUAUUUCCAGCAAUUCCUGA